AUGGCGGAAGUACAUAAAGCGCAAAAGGUUGUUGUGGUCGGCGCAGGACCUGUUGGUGCUCUCGCAGCCCUUUAUGCGGCAAAUAGGGGAGACGAUGUGCAUGUAUACGAACUUCGAGCUGAUUUGCGUGAUCCGUCUACGACACCCUUGAACUUUACAAAAUCGAUCAAUCUGGCUCUAUCAGAGCGCGGCAUCAAUUCCAUGAGACAGUCACAAUCCGUUGGACUCCUUGAGGAGGUUCUCAAAGAGACCAUACCGAUGCAUGCGCGUAUGAUACACGGGCGGAGAAAGGGUGGCGAGCUUUUCCAAGAAUCUCAAGCUUACGACGCAAAUGGCAGAUAUAUACAAGCAGUAGACCGUGCGAGUCUCAAUAAGCGCCUUCUGGAGGCCUUGGAAAAGCUGCCUAACGUCACGCUGCACUUCAACCAUAAGCUGACAGGUGCUGACUUUGAUAGAAAGACGGCUUGGUUUGAACAGCACAAUAAUGCCAAAAAGACUGACCAUGCGCAGAAUCCUACUCAAAAUGAUGCCCUCUGGGAUGACCAGAAGCGGGCAACCGAGAUCUCUGUGAACUUCGACCUAAUCAUUGGUGCAGACGGUGCUCAUUCCGCCACUCGUUAUCAUAUGAUGAAGUUCGCUCGACUUGAUUACCAGCAAGAAUACAUUGAUACGCUGUGGUGCGAGUUCCAUAUCGCUCCAAGGUCUCCAGAUUCGUCCUUCGCUAUUGAUCCCAACCACCUGCACAUUUGGCCCGGGGGCUCCUUCAUGUUCAUUGCAAUACCCUCUCUCGACAAAUCCUUCACCUGCACUCUGUUCGCUCCUGCUAGCCACUUCAGUUCCGUAUCCGAGAACCCUGAGCAGAAGCUUGUGAAAUUCUUCCACCAAAAUUUCCCAGGUGUUUGUCCCGAGCUGAUAUCCACGUCCGACCUGCAAAAACAGUUUCGUGAGAACCCACAUCUACCUUUAAUAUCCAUCAAGUGCAAGCCAUAUCACUACAAAUCUAGCGUUGUCAUUCUCGGGGAUGCCGCCCAUGCCAUGGUUCCGUUCUAUGGCCAGGGCAUGAAUGCUGGCCUCGAAGACGUCCGGGUCCUCUUCGAUAUUCUGGACAAGCACGGCAUCUACGAUGCUGGCACAUCCGAUCAUAGAUCUCGAAAUGAAGCACGUGAAGCAGCAUUAGACGAGUAUACUUCUCAGCGUGCUCCAGACGCAGCAGCAAUCAAUGAUCUUGCUCUCCGAAACUACGAAGAAAUGCGCUCUGGCGUCCAAUCACCGCUCUACAAGAUGAGGAAAUGGAUGGAAGAGACCGUGAAUGUUUAUUUUCCAAGUCUAGGAUGGAGGACGCAGUAUACGAGAGUUAGCUUCGAGAACCAGCGAUACAGCGAAGUUGAAAAGGCUGUGCACAGGCAAGGUCGGAUACUAAUGGGUGUUGUUGGAUUAAGUCUUGUGGGAAUUGGAGGCCUGACUGCCUUUGGAGGUGUAAGGAGAGACUAUUGGAAAAAUCUUGGGACAACAUGGUUGAGCCAAGUUGAAAAAUGA